UCUGACAAUAUAAAAAUGCCUGCAAGUUGCACAAAAAAACACACCACAGAAUUUGUUUCCACCGAAAAUUAUUCGUGGAAUAAGAGGUUUUGAUUUUUAAGAAGUAGCAUGGAACAUACAAAAUUGCAAUGUCUAUGCCUACUCAUUUGUUCCUUGAUUGUGCUAAAUGGAAAAAGUGUACUUGGAGGGAACCAAACAUCAAAUGAAAAUCUUGGCAUGGUUGAUUUAACUAUUUUAGAAAGUGCAGUGUCAAAAGGAGCUGUUUGCUUGGAUGGGUCUCCACCAGCAUUCUAUUAUGACAAGGGACAUGGAGAAGGAGCUAAUAAUUGGAUUAUCUACUUUAGGGGAGGAGAAUGGUGUUAUAACGUGAUAGAUUGCCUCUGUCGCACAAAGACAGAAAAAGGUUCCUCAAAACUUGCUCUAAAGCAAAGAUCAUUUUAUGGAAUACUUAGCAACAACAAAACAGUGAAUCCAGAUUUCUACAAUUGGAAUAGAGUCAUGGUUAUAUAUUGUGAUGGAGCAUCGUUCACAGGAGACGUUGAAAUAGUUGACCCGGUCACUAACCUUCAUUUUAGAGGCGCGAGGAUUUUUCAUGCAUUGAUCGAACAUUUCUUGGCGAAAGGGAUGAAGGAUGCAAAAAAUGCUAUUCUCGCUGGUGGUUCAGCUGGAGGAUUGCCUGCUUUACUACAUUGUGAUCGUUUUCGAGCUCUUCUUCCUAACUCAGCUAGAGUAAAGUGUCUUGCUGAUGGUAGUUAUUUUCUUCACAAGAAAAACAUGAAGGAAAUACCAUUCAUGGAUAUUGUCAAUGAAGGACUGAUUAAAUUACAUCAUUCAGCCAAGAUGUUGCCAUCAUCCUGCAUUGCAAAAAUGAGACCAUCUUUGUGCCUUUUUCCACAAUAUUUUCAACAAGAAAUCCAGACACCAUUUUUCAUAGUCAACUCAAUGUUUGACACAUUUCAGAUAAACAAGACUUUUCCUGGUUAUUACGAAGACCUUAAUAACAAUACGUGCUCAGCUACUCUUGUUAAAACUUUACAAGAUUUUAAACAGGAGUUCUUAAGUGCAUUACCCAAACAAAGUAAUUGUUCUUCAUCUAGAGGAAUGUUUAUUGACUCUUGCUUGAUUCAUUCCCAAAUAUUAAGUGGUGUAGGUUGGAAUGGCUUCACGGUACAUAAUAAGACAAUUGCAAAGGCAUUUAGCGACUGGUACUUCGAUCGGAGUCCCGUUCAAUUGAUAGAUACACCAGACAUGCCACUGAAUUGUUACAAAUUCCCCUCUGUUACAAGCUUUUGUACCUAAAUAUCUAGAAAGCUGUUUAAGACUCCAGGUUAUUGAAACGAACACAAGGCUUCAACAAGUGCCCGUUGUAGGACGAGCUACUCCACAGUAAUUUUAAAAGCGCCUUUCUUUCUUUCCUUUUUAAACUUUCAGAGCUACUCCACAAUAAUUUUAAAAGCGCCUACAUUUCUUUCUUUUUGGAGCUUUUACUUUGAGUCGUCGGUCUUAUUUAACGGAUUGUGACUUUUUCACUUGAACAGAAAAGUGAAAUUCUUCUAAUUUUUCACAAAAUCUCAAAUGUACUAUUAUAAGAAGCAAUUGAUUUAUGCAUUUAAUUUUGCGAA